GUCUCGACCGAUGUAGACUUUCGCCCUCGUCGUUGUGGCCGCCGCUUUUUUUGGAUCGCCAUAGUCGUCGUAUUCCUUCUCGGAGAGUUUUCCCGUUUUUUAUAUAUAGAAAUAUUGUGCAUUCUUGUUUAACAGACAAGACAACUGGUGUACUUGCUGCCCAUCAUCGGAGGCGCAUCGCGAAAAACACACGGAUUUUCCUACGGUAGUGAUCUAUUUCGGAACAAACCGCUGCUCUCCAACGAAUGGGCCAUUACUGCUCUGCGUAGGGCUUUACGCGCGGUGUAAUUUGGUGCGUGUGGAAAAAAGGGUGUACCUCUGUUCUGUGUACAGGAGACGAGACUGUCUCUGCGCGUAACAAACAACCAGGUUGGUUGAAGUGAGACCCCCCCGCAAGGGUAGGGAUCAGUUUGAGAAAGUGUAGGACUACAUCGUCGGCCGUCGUACUACUGGUGCCGGAAAUUUUAGCCUGGAACUUCACCGAGAAAGAGAUAAAAAGCGAUCGCCCAAUAAACAAAAAAAUAACACCGAUCAAGUUACAUACCCAUCGAAUCCCUUACCAGGAUUUCGUGUGUGCAUUGUUAGCAAGCAACCAGCAUCAUCAGCGGAAGCAGCAAACCUCCGGAAGUGUGGCGACAAGUAGUGAUACCUUUGAUUCUCGAUUCCUGAAGAAGAAUCGCUCGGUGGUGUCAAUCGAGCGGAGCGUGGCACAUUCAUUGUAAAGAAGUGUCUAGGUAAUAAAGUGGCUACACGCUCGUGGGUCUGUUGCAAUUGAGUUUCAUGUGCAAAAGUGCUUAAUCGCUCGGUCCGAUCUCUUUAGUUGAGGGAAGCUUGGAACGAAGGCAUCCGGUGCUAAUACGAUAAAGUGUGACAAGAAGUGUGUCCGUCUACCCCGAGAAGCGACAGAAAAAGAAGAAGAAGGGGGUGGAGAACCGUUUUUCGAAAGUGCAAUCAAGUGAAUUAAUCAAGCGUCCAGCCAGAGGAUAGCUAGCGCCGGAAUCGGGAGGAAAGGCGGAAAAAUAGAGACGCGUGCCAACGACAAGACCAGUGGAACAAACAACAACGGCGAGCCUCUCUUUUGUCGCCGAAAGUGUAAAUUCCACAAUACUGCCACUAGCAUCAGAAUCGUCAAGACAGCUCCUCCUCCUCGGCGCAAGAACAGGGAAGCAUGGCAUGGCGAUUUAAGGCUUCCAAGUACAAAAACGCUGCCCCGAUCGUGCCGAAGCCGGAAGUAUGCAUCCGGGACAUCUGCGUCGGUUCGUACCAGACCUAUGGCAACAACAUCGCCGCAUCGGCAGCCUUCAUAGCCUUCAACUGGGAACAUGCGGGAUCCAGUGUGGCCGUGCUGCCGAUCGACGACUGUGGCCGCAAGAGUAAAACCAUGCCGCUGCUGCAUGCCCACUCGGAUACGGUGACGUAUUUGGACUUUUCGCCGUUUCACGACGGGUUGCUGGCGACGGGAUCACAGGAUUGUUUGGUUAAGGUGUGGCACAUUCCGGAGAAGGGACUGGAGAAUUCUAUUUCGAACCCGGAAUGCAGUUUCUCGACCAAACAGCGCCGAGUUGAGACAGUUGGAUUCCAUCCGACGGCAGAUUGUUUACUGUAUUCGACGGCCGUAGGCUGUGUGAGUUUAUGGGAUCUCACCUGCCAGCAAGAAUCGUUCUCUAACAACCAACAUCCAGAGGUGAUUCAAUCGCUCAGUUGGAAGCUGGACGGAAAGAUUUGUGCGACUAGCUGUAAGGACAAAAUGGUUCGUAUUUUGGACCCUCGAGCGGAGAGUCCAAUUACGAUGAUCGCUGAAAGCCAUCAGAGUAUUAAAGAUUCCCGAGUAGUUUGGUUGGGCGAUCAGAAUCGUAUUCUGACGACCGGUUUCGAUGCGGCUAGGUUGCGACAGGUCCUAAUACGUGAUCUACGAAACUUCUCGACGCCUGAGAAGACGCUAGAGCUGGAUUGUUCUACAGGAAUUUUGAUGCCUCUCCUCGACGCCGAUACCAAUAUGUUGUUCCUUGCGGGCAAGGGUGAUACAACAAUUUCCUAUCUGGAAGUUACGGAUAAAGAUCCGUACCUGAUCGAAGGAAUACGGCAUUCUGGAGAGCAGACCAAGGGGGCAUGCUUGGUACCGAAGCGGGCCUUGCGAGUGAUGGAAGGCGAGGUUAACCGUAUUAUGCAACUCACCUCGAACUCCGUGAUCCCGAUUAUGUAUCAAGUACCUCGGAAGACCUAUCGUGAUUUCCAUAGUGAUCUUUACCCAGACACCAAUGGCUUCAAAACCGAACUGACAGCGACUCAGUGGCUUAAUGGAGUAAACAUUUCAGUUCCGAAAAUCAGCCUCGAUCCUGCCAAAAGAGAACUUGGGGAGCAACCGAUUAUCAUUUUGCGAGGUAAUCUGAAUGAAGUAGUGAAAAACAUUGCUAAUAAGUCGAAAAACUCCGCAACUACUACGCCUAACUGCACGGCAGCCAAAAUCGAAAAGGAAGCGAUCGUCAAGCCAACCUUCGUACCGAUCAAGGACAAGAUCAAGCAAAUGGAACAGCAGUCACACAGCGAGAAGAGCGAAUUCGAGCAGCGUUUUAAAGAGGUUACCUCGAACAAGGAUUGCAAGAAUACGGAGAACGCGAACAUGCUGAUCGAUGCCAAAUCUCACCAAACGCAAGAGAGCGAAAGCAACGGAAACCUUCCCUCGCAGAACAGCCAAGAAGAUGACGGUAGCCUUGAGGAGUCCGAUCAGACGACCGAGGUAACUCCCCCGAAACCACUGCCAAGAACGUCCCGGAAUAACUCCGUCUCGGAGCAGCUUUCCGGAGUCGGUGAGGAUAGCCCACCAAACUCCGUCGUUCCAGCACCGCGACCGGUGGCCAGACCUCGGACAACUGCCACCGGAUACAAGCCUCGUCUCGGACCGAAACCGUUCAGCAGCACCGGAAGCUCCAGUGAGUUUUCGUUCGACAAAGUGUUCAACGUACCGCAGGCACCGAAAUCGGAGAACGGAGACGGUCAACGGGACUCGAACGACAAUACCCAGGAAAACAGUUUGGCCUCAAAUGGAAGCGUAGACGAGCCCAGCGUUCACGAAAAUGGUAACUGCAAAGAGCAGGAAGCUCCCGCUGAAACAACAGAAGAAGUUCCGCUUCGACCGAAGUCUGGUGAUGAGGAAGACAAACCGCGAAUCAUCUCUACAGCCGAAAGGCGGAAGUCGGGGGAUCGUGAAAAGAUAUUCGAGUCGAAGGCGUCGACCGAGUCGGAGGAUCAGUUCGAUGCCGCGGGCACCGAUGAUAAGACCAAUCAGUUCGAGCGGCUGAGCGGACAGCGCACAAGCAUAGCGGAGCGGCGGCGUCUGUACGAGAACCGAUCUCAGAGCGUCCAGGAGGAGAAGCCAGCCUCGCCGGUGCCGUUGCGGCGCAGAGAAUCCCUCAAGGUACGGGGAGAGCAGAAAACCGACGAAGAAGCAAUGCCACCGCCGGCUAGCGUGGAAUUCACCAGGAACCGAAGCGACCUCUGCAAGGAAAACCUUCCCUCGGACAUCACCAAACGGAACAACAGCAAUAACACGGCCAACACAGCUUCCAAGCGGACUUCCACGGUGUUUGGGCGGGUGUCCAAAUUCCGGCACCUGAAGGGAACCCCGGGUCACAAAUCGACCCACAUAGAAAACAUCCGGAACCUGAGCCGGCAGAUUCCGGGCGAAUGCGAUGGAUUCGCGGCUAACUCCGAAAGGGUAGCGGUGCCAAUCUCUGGCGCGGGUGGCAAAAUUGCCAUCUUUGAACUGAGCAAACCGGGCCGUCUCCCGGACGGAGUCAUUCCAACACUAGUCAACGGUAACAAUAUUAUGGACUUCCAGUGGGAUCCUUUCGAUAACACUCGCCUAGCGGUGGCUUGCGACGAUGGAACCGUGAAGAUCUGGGCCAUCCCGGAGGGAGGCCUCACGGAACCUACCAAUGAGCCGGAGAAGGAACUAGUCGCGCAUUCGGACAAAAUUUACAUCCUCAAGUAUCAUCCGCUGGCGAAGAACGUAUUCCUAACGGCCAGCUACGAUAUGACCUUGAAGGUUUGGGAUCUCGAAACUCUUAGCGAAAAACAUUGCCUGAAGGGACACACGGAUCAAAUCUUUAGCUUUGCGUGGAGCCCAUGUGGAACUUUUGGUGCUACAGUUUCGAAGGAUGGAAAGAUAAGAGUAUAUAAUCCCAGAAAGUCGGAAAACCCAAUAAGGGAAGGUAACGGUCCAGUUGGAACACGUGGCGCAAGACUGGUGUGGGCCAUCGAUGGAGAAUACAUCGUUGUCACGGGCUUUGAUAAGGUUUCUGAACGCCAAAUCUACGUGUACAAGGCCACCGAUCUAUGCUCUCCGAUGGGCAUGGUUGGACUCGACGUUUCACCGGCUAUCUUGAUCCCAUUCUACGACGAGGACAGUUCAACCAUCUUUGCAACCGGAAAGGGAGAUUCAACGAUCUACUGCUUCGAGAUCACCGAAGAGUCACCCUACAUUUGCCCCCUGUCGCAUCACCGAUGUUCUUCGCUAACCCAGGGUCUUAGUUUCCUGCCCAAGAACCAGUGCGACGUUGCAUCGGUGGAAUUCGCUAAAGCGCAAAGGCUCACAAAUGGUACGAUUGAGCCGCUCAGCUUCACAGUACCCCGGAUCAAGAGUGAACUUUUCCAAGACGAUCUGUUCCCGCCGACCCGGGUCCUUUGGGAACCCACUCUGACCAGCUCCGAGUGGUUCGGUGGAAAGGACAAAUCGGCAACCAGAAUCAGUCUGCAACCGGAAGGAAUGGAUACAUUGUCCUCCAUUCAACCGACAGUGACGACGCCGACACCGGCGAAAAAAAGUGAUAACAUUAACCAAAUACUCGGUCAGCAGACGGAGUUCAACAAGGUGUGGAGCAAAGAUCUGGUGCGGUCGAAACAGGACGAGAUUAAAAAUUCGGUCAGCGCUCGGAUGCCAGUAAACCGCAAACUGGAACAGGAUGACAUGGAAGGUGUAGACGAGAAGGAAUGGGAAGAAUAAAUGUACCCUAGCCCUAGCAGCAUGAAAAAAAUUGUCUGUACAUUGAUUAAAAACAGUGUUCGAUUAAGUGAAUGAAAAUCAAUAAUGAACAUAACCAAACUCUAUACUUAUAUACAACUCUAUACAUACAUAUACAAAUAGCAGUUAUACAGCCCCCAUAAACCUAAAGCAGUCUCUACUCCUCAAUGAUUCCGUAUGUUUUCUACUACAAUUUUUUAUAACAGUUUACCAGUCUAUCAACAAAAUAUACAUAGAUUCACAUGUAGGAAAGUUUUUAAAUCGAAUCUAUUAGAAAUCCGAUGUUCCAACAAAUCGACUCUUUUGGAGAAGUUUCAACUUACCAAUUGGUGAAUUUCUAACCAAACCACGCUCGAGAUAGUACAGUAUAACAGUUGAACAGGGUUUUUUUUGGACAAAAAAUGCUUACCCACACUCAGAAAAAUACUAUUAUGUAUGCCAUAAGAUUCUCUUAUGAAGUGGCGCCAUAAGAAAAAUUAUUGAAAUUCAUAAGAUUGUCUUAUGACGCGAAUGAAUUCUGAAGAUGAACGCCUAUUGCAAUGAGAGGUUGUUGCUUUUCAUAAGAGGUUCUUAUGGAAACAGUAAAUCACUUUCUAAUAAGAAUAAUUUUAGAUAUUUCAUGCUGAAAACAUUCUCUUUAUUGUUUGUCAAAUUUGUUUGAAAUCAAAUCAUUUAUGGUCACCAUCAGUGCAUCAGUGCAUCAACAGACACUUCCAUCAAAGUUUUUUUGCCGCAUCCCAACCUUCGACCUUGUUAGAUCAGAUAGCUGAAAAGUAAACCAAAAUGUAUUUCAAAUUACUAAUAUCUGUGCUGAUAUGUCGCUCACAUCAGAAACAACAAAUCGGACUUACCAUUCCAGAAAUGACAAUAUUAUUUAUCUUUGAAGUAAAACUAGUAACUUUGUACUGGCGAUUGCUUCGUUCUGUUAGAUGAUGAAAAAACUGUUGAAAUGAACGAAUGUGUUCAUUACUUUCACACAAUGCCGUUUCUUCUAUUUUUCAUAAGAACAUCGUAUGAAAAUUGAAAGAAUUUCAUAAGACUCUUAUGAAAAAUUAUUUUACACUCUAAAAAGCGGUUCAUAAGAUGCAUCUUAUAAAAAUUAUAAUAAGAAUUUGCCUGAGUGCAGAUACGUGCAAAGACUGUAAUGCAGGUGACAAAUCCAAUCCAAACUGCCAAUUCACACGCGACCAACACCUUACAUUUCUAUUCCUCCGUUGAUGGAACACAACACGUAGAACACUUUUGUAAGAGAACACAUAGUCCAUGUCUUGAGAUGUCUUAAACCAUUCUUUAAUUUUGUACGAAAUUCUCCCAAACAAACAAACAUGAUAGGGCUUUUUUUAAAACGUUGCGGCUCUCUUUUUUAUGCAUUUAAAAUUACUAUAUGAUAGAUAACGUGGAUAUUGGAAGCUAGUCAAAUAAAGAAAGAAGAUAAAAAAAAUGCUCAACCCAUAAUUGAACGCGUUUAUCAUUAUAUACUCUUAACGCCCUAACUUAGGCACCGAUGAUCGCACACACACUUAUCCUAUUGAGGAGAAGAUUGCAAUGCUUAUUGAUUGUUUGCUUAAGUAUGGUACUGAAGAGGAUGCAUCCCAACCUAAACAAAAUAGGAUCUAGCGAAGCGAGUCAUUGCAACAUUAUACAAAAAGUCGCUGAUCUUUUGAUCAGAAGCUGCACAAAAUCCGAAACCGCGAGAGAUAUGCCUCGUAAUUUGAUAGGAGGAAAUAAAGCUGGAAGCAAAAUUCAACACUGAAAUCCAUCACCGCAAAUAUUUAUUUUGCCGACCAUACUCUCUAGAUGAAUCAAAUAUGUGAUGAUUACUAAUUUAGUCAGUAAGAUUGCGAGCGGGUAUGGAUGAAACGUUAAGAAAACUACACUUUUCUGUUUACUCUCUAAAUGAGUGCCAUCGUUUAAUCUUCUUCAUAUUAUUUGCAAUAUAUUCAACAAUGGCUGUUGAAUGCUUGAUUUCUUGAACUCCAGUAGAUUUCAGUUUCCCCCGUUCAAUGGUAUUUGAACAUGUCGCUAUCAUAUCCUGUUCGUUCUAAAAGCUUAUAUUAACAUAAUAAGGAAAGAGUAUUAUCGAAAGCGACUAUUGUUUACGGCAAGAUUAUCCAUGCGCAUCAAAAAUGUUGCUUCGAGAGUGAUUUGUACGAUUCUUUUCAGUAACACCUUGACCCAUGUAAGUCAACAAUAUAUUUAACUAUAGUAAAAAUAUUUUCACAAAACGUAAGCUAACGGAGCCGGAACAUUCAAUUAAGAUCAAGCAUACUUUAUACAAAUACAUUCAACUAGACCGCGGAACAUUGUAAAUGCAAAUGUAUGGGCUUCUAGACGCGCUGUUUGAUGAACAGUAGUUCGGCACAAAAAAUCUUGUUUGGCAUCCCCGAAACCUAACCUCUAACCUGUCAAGCUUAUCAUCAUCACCCUUAAAAAUAAAUAAAAAAAUAGUUAGAUUGAGAAGCUAUUAUUUGCUGAACAGUGUUGGUAUGGUUCGAGCCCAGGACACUAUGCGCGUCAUUUCAUUCAAGAAACAACAUAAACCAGAACAACCAAACAAACAAGCUAUCAUCACUAAACAAAUGGAAACAAUAAUUGAGAUAUAAAUAUGAAACAGUAUCGCUAAACUUUUCAGCUUCAUUGCGAAUCGAUAUUGACAUGAAGGGAAAAUACACAUAAAAUUAGUAAUAAA